AGGCGAGGGAGGGGCGCGGAGUGAGGAUAGCGGUGCAUGAGAGAUAAGGCGAGCGAGGGGAAGGAAGACCUGCUUGGUAUUCACCUGUCUCUCUGGAUCAAUAAAGGUCUUGUUGCAGCCGCGCUGGCUUGACCAGAUGCAAAGAAAGUGUUCCACCGAUCAGCGUUCUUCAGCACACAGCCCCGCCCCUUUAGAGUUCCCGGUGGCCGCUUGCACCAUAUAAGAGCGGAGAAAUUGUCGUGAAGCCAAACAGAAUCACACGGGUCACCUGAGAAGUUCUGUGGGUUUAAAGUUCCAAUUUUAUCUGCCGUCAUGAGCAAACUGCUGAGUCUUUCCAUUGUUGUAGGACUGGUCUUUGAAAGUAACCAGCAGUUAUUCCCGUAUGCCACAGCACCGUGCUGGACGGACUGGUUUGACAGAGAUGACCCUUCUGGAACUGGAGAUUGGGAAACCCUCGAGCAUCUUCGUAAAAGCUACCCAAGAAAGAUCUGCCCUUCUCCAAUAGGCCUCCAGGCCCAAACCCUAUCUGCGUCCAGUCCAACAGUGGAUGUGAUUUUUAAAGAAGACACAACUGUAGGAUUCGUCUGCAGAAACGAAGACCAACCACCCGGCCAGAUGUGUAUGGAUUAUCGCGUUCGCUUCAGGUGUCCUCCCAAUUUCUGCCAAAAAGAGUGUUGGACAGACUGGUUUGACAGAGAUGACCCUACUGGAAGUGGAGAUUGGGAAACCCUCUUUCAUCUUCACCUAAAUUACCCAGGAAAGAUCUGCCCUAUACCAAUAGACAUCGAGGCCACAACUCUAUCUGGGUCCAGUCCAGCUGUGACCGGUGAUGCGAUUCUUGUAGAAAACCCAUUGAUAGGAUUCAUCUGCAGGAACUCAGACCAAACAACAAACAAGAUGUGCAGUGAUUAUCGCGUUCGCUUCAGAUGUCCCCCCGAAUACUGCAAAAAGGAGUGUUGGACCAAGUGGUAUGACCGGGACCAUCCCAGUGGAUCAGGGGAUUGGGAGCUUUUGAGUACACUGAGGGUAGAGAACCCAGGACAGAUCUGUGCAAUACCGCUGCACAUUGAGGCCGUGACCACUGACACAUUGACCGCAGCCGACAGCACAGGGCAACACCUUAUCAUCAGUCCACUUCUGGGAUGUAUUUGCCUCAAUCAUCACCAGAAAACUGGCAUUUGCCGUGACUACAAAGUUCGGUUUGAAUGCCCAUGCUAAUGUGGUGCCACGACAACAGAUGACUCCAAUCCCAGUGCAUUUCAUUUAAAAUUUUGCCAGAUUUCUUUUUUUCCUGAAUAAAGAAAUUUGUAGAAAUAGUUGACAGUACACAUUAUUGUUGACAUAGCAUAACACCUUUGUUAUUGUAAGUGAGCGAUGUCAGGGUGACCGUGAGCCAGCAUCCUGUGAGUCAGACAGUUACAUUUAUUAUUUACAUAUAUACCUUUUCUACCCUGAAAUGUCAAUUUUAUUCUAUGCGAAUUAAAAAAAAUAAAUUUAAUUUUACUCUACUCAGCUUAAUAGGACUCAAGACUCAGGUGUGGUGGGUAAUACCGACAUACAGUAUGUCUUCUCAGCAGAUGCUAUAGGGAAGUUUUAUAUGAGACACAGACAGUAGGAGGUGCUGCAUAGCCACGGCAUGGCUAUGUGGGGAAAGUGUGAGGAAAUAUUAUUAGUGGAGCUUUAUUGUCAUUGUUAAAAGAGCUCAACUCACAUUAACAGGAGAAACAACACAGUUACACCACAUGAUGAAUGUACGCCUACAGUUGCUCUAAUAGAUGAGAAAGUGUGAAAGUGUUGUAAAAUUUUAAUUUAAAAAUAUGUGUAGAACACUUCCAACCAAAGGUAUAACGUGAGUUGGUUUGAUGGAAGUAAUAAUAGACACUCAACGCAAUAACAACAAACAUGUAAAUGUACAAUAUAAAUCACACUUUGGUGUUUUCAGUGCAGGCUCUGUGUCCAUACUACACCGCGUUGCCUGUUAAAAUCAAGUGUGAGCCUUCACAGACACAAGGAUGCACACACAGCCUUAUACAGUAUGUAUAGACACACACACAUGGGGGGGUAGAGAGACAGGGCAGGGAGAUACAAGGUGAUUCAGGCUGCCGUCGGCAUUUCCUCUGGAGAUGAACCCUCGUGAUAGGUGCCGAGAAGAAACCCUGCAUCGUGUAUCGCACUGAAUGUAAAGCGAGGAGAGAGCGAUUUCACUUGCUGUUUGUGUGUUUGGCUCUUGUUUGGUACUGUAUUAUAUACUUUGCUGCUGCUUAGCUUUAAACGUGCAUGCCCAUCCUCCUGUAAGACGACGUUGAAGUGGGCAAAAAGGAGGAGGAGGGAAACUGGAGGCUAUGUGCUAAAUGUUCCCUCUCUACUUUUUAAUGAUGAACCCAAAGAGGAGCCCCCGCCAGUGGUGUUGAAGUGAAAAUUAAAUCUGCACAACUGAAGUCUAA